AUGGCCAGCUGGGUGUUCUGUAAUUGCUGCUUCCAGCCACCCAGCCAGGCGUCCUGCUUCAGCCUGACCAACUGCGGGCACGUGUACUGUGAGGCCUGCCUCGGCAAAGGUAAAAAGGAUGAAUGCAUGAUUUGUAAAGUUCCUUGUCGCACAGUUUUACUUUCAAAACAUACGAACUCAGAGAUUCAGACGUUCUUUAUGGACAUAGAUGAUCUGUGUAAGAAGUUCUCCAGAGAUAUGUCCCAGAUUUUAGAAUUUCAAGAAAUGCACAGGAAGAGAUUGUUAGCCUUCUAUCGAGAACAGAUUUCCAUGCUGGAGGAGUCCCUUAGGACGUCGUGGCUGCGGAUAGAAGAGCUGUGGAGUAUGAGAUCGUCACAACAAGCAGCUUUCAGCCCAAUAAGAAAUUCCGUUUCAAGCUCCACUCCCCAAAUCAAGAGUGCGGUCCUGACCGGACAGCCUGCGCACUCCAUUCCAGCAGCCAAGUGGUUGGUUUGGGAAUGGUCACGUGAGAGCCCCUUGCUAAACUGGGAUUCCAGUACCAGAAUGUCUGGCAGCCCUGCCCUAAUGGGAAAUGAAGGGACCUUGACACAGGUGUUUACAGUGCACCUUUCACAGGAUAGUUCUCUUACCUGGGGACGGCCAAAAGAGUGGUUGUGCGACUGUGACCAGGACUCCUGUCAUGGGAAACUUCUCUAUACUGGCCUGCGGCUCUUGUCUGACCCGUGUCCAGUUUAG